AUGUUGUUCCCGAAAAACCCACGCAAGGAAAAGAAGGUUCCCCGAACUUGGGGCAAAAAUGUUCAAAACUGGCACAGAUUUGCUAUUCAAAAAGGGGAAUUGGCGAGGAUUCCAGACAAUCAGGCUCUCUCUGAUGGAUUGGUGAAUGCCAUGGUGCGAUUUGUCGUCUUCGAUUUUGAAAAACAUUCCGACAAGAAGGUCUACGUGUUUGACUCAUUGAUUUACUCAAAGUGGCUCAAAUCGAGUAGUUCGGGUCCUGAGAGAACUAAGAUGUUUGCGGAUAUUGACUUCAAGCUGUACGACUACAUCAUCGGGGUGGUUAACACAGAGAACCACUGGGUCAUCUGGGGGACCCGCGAGUUUUCUUCGCUACUACUGAAUGACGGAAACGCCAACGUGUUUCUACUCGACCUGCUCAACCGCGAAGAUGCCAGCACGACGGAGGAGCUCAAGAAGUUUAUAGUGGGUUGCUGCCAGGCUCGGUACUCUGUGAAGGUUGAUACGCUGCAAAUUAAUGUACACAAGCCAGAAGUGGUGCGCCAGAGCGACUUAAUUAACUGCGGCUUUUACAUCAUUAUCAACAUUAGUCCUUGGUUGUGGGAAACAGUUAAGGUUGAAAAGUGUUGGCUGGACCCCAAAAACUUUCUGUUUGUUAAGGAAUUCAUCAUCGACCAUGACGAUUUGCGCCACCGGUGGAUGACAUUCAUGGCGGCGAUUGGCGACAUCUUGAACAACAAACAGCCCGAAUCUCCCCCGAGCAUCCCGUGGGCUUGCAAAACACCAUGGGAGGGGCUCUUCGAUGUGUAUACGGAUAAUCGAGGGGACUUCGACUCGUCCCGUAUCGUGUUGCGUGCGUCGACUCUGAGUGAAGUGGGUGAUAACAGCGAGGAUGUGGAUGAUCAUGGUCAAAUGCCGAAGCAGGCGACGAGUGGCGGUUUCUUGCUGCGCUCACACACGCUGCCGUCGUCCAAUAACCCCACCAAGCGCUGCCAAAUUUCGGCGUCUUCCGACAACAAUCAUCACGAGGUGUUGGCGGACCGCUGA